CUGCACAUUUGUUUUCAGUAGAAUAGCGCAAUAGUUCAAAACGGCUAGGGCUUUUAAGAAAAUCAUUACAAUUCAGUUUCAUUUCGGCAACCGAGUAGACUGUAAAAUGAUGUUCUCUGGAAUUUGCGCAUUUUUCCUUUACAUCUUCAAAUACCAUUUUGCUGUGUCUUUUGCAAAUGAAUCAAUGUGUUCAAAAUUUUCCUGUGAAGAACAGCUUUUAGAAAAAAUGAUUAGGCAGGAAAUAAAAGUAGAAAUGAUGCAAAAUAACAUUAAGAAAACUCAAGAAACGAUUGCGAAUAUUCUGGAGGAGGAAAUUAAGAAAACUAGUGCAGAGGUGUCUCAAAAACUUGAAUCGAUACAGAGCAAUGUCAUGGAGGUGGUUGAGAGAGAGAAAGAAAAGAAUGAAGAAAUACUGAAGAACGCAUUUGAAGGACUACGUAGUGAUUUCACGAAUGAUAUGGAGGAAGGAAAAAAGAUGUUAAUAAAACUUUCAGAAAAUAUUGAAAAGCCUUCCGUUGCAUUCUUUGCACACAAUGUGGUAGAUCUAAAGCUUAACUAGACAGACGAAAUCAUCAUAUUUACCACAGCAACGACCAACGAAGGAUCAGGAUAUGACACUUCCACAGGAAUCUUCACAGCACCUGUCGGGGGAUUGUUCCAAUUUAUUGUUAAUUAUUGUACAUGGGUCAAACAACAUUCACCUCUUGCGAUAGUGCUAUCAGGAAACGUGAUUGCUCGGUCGAACAAUUACGAUGCAAAAAACUCAGCUUGCAGCUCCUUUUCUGCAGUUAUGAGAGUGAAAUCUGCAGAGCAGUUAUGGGUCAAAUGUCUGUAUGGCUAUUCCGGUUAUGCUUUGAAUAAAGAUGGCUGGAGGAUGAACUCCUUCAGUGGCAUUCUCAUCAACAAAUAAAUCAUUUAUUACCAACAUUCACAUAGCAAACUGUUUAAAUACAUACUUAUUUGAAUUGCUAAUUAAACUUGAAAUUGAGAUACAUUAUUAAAAUUAUAUGCUCACAACUAAUUGCUAAAAGAGAUACCUAGCAUAUAUUUUUGUUUCAAGCAAGACGGGUAAGCAAGAGUGGUCCUGGAUAUUUGUUGUGAAUCACUGUUAAUCAAUCUCUAAAUAUAGUUUCACAUUUUCAAAAUUCAUACAAGUCUGAUAAAUGUAUCUUCAACUUAUUUGAAUUACACGUCCUUUUAUAAUGUAGAUUUGUAUUAUCACAUAAACAAUUUACGUUCACGCAACUUUUUUCUAAUAUAGCUACGAAACUU